AUGCCAACAAGUAUCAGCUUAUCUAUGUAGAGGGCACGAGACCAACAGCAAAGGAUGAUCUAGAAAAAAUAACAAAUAACUUAAAUAAUAUGUUUGCGGAGAUCGUAAAAGAAACUAUUAAGAACAGAAGACGACUUCCUAAGACAUUAUAUUUAUUUGGCGGUCGAAGCUUCCGCCUUCGAAUACAUUUAUUUUAUAUUGAUUAUUGUGGUAUGUAUGUUCGUUUAUUGGAAAGUUUUUAUUAUAAAAAAGGUACUGGUAAGUUUGAACUAAACGUUAAUUUAGGAGCGUAUAGAUUAAAUGAGAUCAAUAACGCUAAUCUUCCUCGAAAAUUUUCUGAAAUGAAGGAUUUCGUUUAUUUUUAUGAAUGUGUAAUGAAAUGGGCGUUGUUGAUUCGGAAUGUUAUUGAAUCCUUUGACACAGCAAGAUCUGGACAGAGGCCAUCACGGCUUUCGUAUGUAGACGACCUAUUUCAAUUGGAUAAGUAA